CAUACGAGAGAAUCAGCACCAGGCGCCUCUAUGAAGCCACAUCCUCUAAUCAAGUCAAGUCUGUACGCCUGGCGCACAAUCCAGAAAUUGCUUGAGAAUGGAAAGUGCAGCGUCAAUGGACAUACCCUGGAUAUAGCCAGCGUCGUUGCUGUUGCCAAGUCAGUCUCAACCUAUCACUCUCUUCCUAGACCACAUCCAUCUGAUUGUGUCUUCCAGNNAUAUGGCAUAUCUGCACAACUGUCGACCGACGAAGACACUCGCGAACGUAUAGAUGACAGCGUUCGUAUGCUGAGAGCCCACCUGGAGUCAGGCCAUCUUGUUUACGGUGUCUCCACUGGAUUUGGAGGAAGUGCGACAACAAGAACCAACAACCUGGAAGACCUUCAAAGAGCACUGAUCCAGCAUCAGAACUCUGGUGUACUCACAAGCCAUGAUAUUGGCCGUCCCCAAGAUGCAUCAACAGCGAGUAAUCCUUUCGGCUCCCGAGACGUUGACGUAGACCUCAGCACAAAUUCCAUGCCACCAAGCUGGGUGAGAGCGAGCAUGCUCAUCAGAUGUAAUUCGAUCAUCAGAGGACACUCAGGUGUGCGUAUGUCAGUAGCGAAAGCCAUUCUGUGCCUCCUCAACAAGAACAUCAUCCCAGUGGUACCGCUCAGAGGCAGCAUCUCAGCCAGUGGAGACCUGAGCCCUCUGUCAUACAUUGCUGGAGCCAUCGAGGGCUCUCCCGACAUCUAUGUCAGGCUCGCCAAUGGCAAUGUUUCAUCAGCGGCAGAGGCCAUGAAAGACGCUGGCAUUGAGCCUGUCGUCUUUCAGCCUAAGGAAGGACUGGGUCUUCUGAAUGGAACAGCCUUCUCUGCCGCGACAGCAUCUCUUGCCUUACAGCAAUCCCGAGAUGUUGCAGUCCUGUCUCAGAUUCUGACUGCAAUGAGUGUAGAGGCAAUGCAAGGUUCCGCAGAACCCUUCUGGCCUCAAAUUGCCAACAUGCGUCCCCAUCAGGGUCAGAUCGAAUCAGCUGCCAACAUUCUCGCCUUUCUCCAAUGUUCCAAAUUAGCAAAGUGUGUUGGAUCACCUAAGGACACCAAAAUGACUGGCCUCUACCAGGAUCGUUAUCCCUUGAGGACUGCAUCCCAGUGGAUUGGACCUCAGAUCGGGGACCUUAGGCUCGCCAUCUCCCAAAUCAAUCAAGAGCUCAACUCCACUACAGACAACCCUUUGAUAGACGUUGUGUCAGACCAUGUCCUACAUGGGGGCAAUUUCCAAGCAGCUGUAGUGACUUCUGCCAUGGACAAGACGCGUCUCUGCUUAGAGCGAUUAGGUAAGAUGCUCUUCUCUCAGGCGACUGAAAUCAUCAACCCCAUGCUCAAUGGUGGAUUGCCAGCAAACUUGUGUGCAGACGAUCCCUCAUUGUCGUUCACGUGCAAGGGAAUUGACAUCAAUAUGGCUUCCUAUCAAUCGGAGCUAGGUUUCCUUGCCAAUCCUGUUGGAAACCACGUCCAAUCCGCCGAAAUGCACAACCAGGCCAUCAACAGUUUGGCUCUCAUAUCUUCAAGAUACACAUUGCAAGCACUUGAUACGCUUUACAUGAUGGUGGCUGCUCAUUUAUUUGUGCUCUGCCAGGCUCUGGACCUACGUGUUCUGCAGGUUGAGUUUCUCACAUCCAUGGAGACAAACAUCGAGAAUAUGAUUCGGCAUCGCAGCAAGUUCUACGUGCCCGAAGGGUUGCGAGACUCACUCAGAACCGCAAUCAACAGACGAAUAGAAACCGUGUGGUCUACUACCAACACCACUGACCUCGACCAAAGAUGCAAGACCACUGCCGAUGCCGUUAUUCUGGAUAUCAUCGACGCUUUCGGUAACGAUUCACCUGCUGCACUAAUUACCUCCGCCGAGCUGAUAGAUCUUACGACCGAAUUGCAAACUCAGAUGCAAGCCCAAUAUGAAUAUGACAGGCAGCGUUUGUUCGAAACUCAUCUCGCAAUCACUCCGAGCUAUCUGGGAAGCGCAGCGAAGCAUAUGUACAACUUUGUUCGUGUCGAUCUGGGCAUAGGACUGCAUCACGGGUUGAUCGAGCACCCUACUCAGCCGCUUCCUCCCGGUGUCAAAGUGAAUGAGCCGCGCAAAACCAUUGGCAGCAGGAUCAGUGCUAUCUAUGAGGCUUUGAGGGAUGGCCGCGGACGGGCGCUGCUCAUCGCGGUUGCUGAGCAGACUUUGAGAGUGGAGACUUGA